AUGGCGACUACUCAUAAGGGAUCGUCGACGCGGAGAGAUCUGAAUUAUCCCGACCCCUUAAAUGGCAUCAAAGUCAUGAUCGAGUUUGCGAGGCCCUCGCAUGACAUUAUGAUUGUCAACGUAACAUUCAUGAAUCAGAAAGCGAAUGCGCUCACAGAUUUCAAUUCCACGCCGGUUGUUCCGGAAUAUGUGGAUGUUGAUGCCAGUGGAUUUGCGUCGAACUUCCUGCCAGGAAACAACCAGGUGAUGAUGAUGGAGAAGAAGAAGAAGAUGAUGAUGAUGGUGGAGGUGGAGAUGGAGAUGGUGGUGGUGAUGGUGAUGGUGAAGAUGAUGAUGAUGGAGAAGAUGAUGAUGAUAGUGAUGGUGCCCUCUGUAUCAUCGCCAGCCAACACGUUCGCUGGAGCCGUUGAGCAGCCGCAGAGGGCGGGAGCUAAGUGGGCUGUGGAUUUGAUGGAUCGGUGA